GUUAAAAAAUCGAAGCAUGGCGGCUCUCUUGACGCGGCCGCGGCUCGACCAAGGCGUCAUCGCCCAUGGCGCGACCGUGCGCUUCCUUGGCCUCGUCCGGGACAUUGGGCAGCCGCAGCUGCUUUUAAAGGACGGCGCCGAGACGUACGUCGAGACGACACCGUACCGGUGCGAAGCCCUCCCGGCGCAAACAGCGUGGGCGGCUGCAACUGCAACGUCCGCUGCAACCGCCGACCCGGUGCAACCAACGGCCACCACCAGUCGUAGCAGCCGCAAGACAAAGCGGCGGGAGGACGAGGAGGAGAAUGAGUGUGUGGACGCCGCACCGCCGGCGCCCGCGGUGCGCGUGUCCGAGCCCAAGGUGCCGCCGACAGCGCUUGCCCCCACGCCGCCGUUCCAGGUGAUUGUUCGCGCGUACGGCAGCACACCGUGGAAAGUGAACCACGUGUACGAGUUUGUGGGCGAGCUCGACUUGACGCCACAGGCAGCGCCAGACGACAUGGACAUUGAAUGGAAGGACGCCGACAGCGCGACGGCGCAAGCGAAGGCGCGCGCCAUCGAGUUCAUUCCUACACUGCAUGCCACAGACGCGAGCGAGAUUACGUUUGGCCACGACGUCGGUUUCCGCGAGGACUUGGCCAACCCGACGGCGUGGGCGGCCGCCGAGUGGGCGCAGCGGCUGGGCCAGCCAACGUCCGUGGAGGAAAUGCGAGCGCAGCUCUUGGGAUACCUCACGGCGACGGCGGCCCACGGCGACGUCGUCGUCGCCGAGUACCUCCUCCUUGUGCUGCUCUCGCGCGUCUACAACCGAUCGGACGUCUCAAUGCCGUUUGGGCACCUCUCUCUCAACGUGAUUUGGCCGUCCAUGAGCGCCUCCGACUUUGCGGCACUCGAGCAGGCGCUGCACGCGCUCGUGCCGUCGUGCUUGUCGCUGGAUUUGUCGCUCGCCGCCCUGCACGACGCGCUCUACUUUCCUCAAAAGGACUAUGACAUUGAGUACCUCCACCCGGGGCUGCUGCAGCUGCCGGAUGGAAGCACGCUGCUCGUCAACGAGGCCCACUUGACCACGGGACAGCUCGACGACAAGGGCACGCACAACAUGGCCGCGCUCAUGACGCUCGUCGAGCACCAAGCGCUGCCGUACGACUUUCGCUUUUACAAGAAAGAGUUCAACCAAGACGCCAAAGUCAUUUGUGUCUCGACCACCAAGUCGAUCCUCCCGACCACGUUGUACGUCCCGCUGCAGCCGAAUACAACAAGAGAUGCGACGUACUCGGAGGCGCAGCUCCAGUGCUUUCGCAUCUACCUCGCAGUCUACCGCCACUUUAACGCAGACCUUGGCAACGAAGGCGCGGCGCUGGCCGAGCAGUGGUACAUUGAGCGGCGUCGAGCCGAUGCAACCGUCGGGGCGGACGACUUGCACCGCUUGGUGCGCGUGGUGCGACUCCACGCUGUGAGCGUCGGUCACGCCAACGUCACCAAGGACGAUUGGGACCACGUCGUGGCCCGCCACGCCCUCGUCAAAGCCCGCCUCGAUGGGCUCGCGUAG